GUUUCCCGUGUGACGACCUUGUUUACUUGUCAAGACGUCGCUGCGCUUUCCUCCCGAUAUAAAACCCCGUCAGAAUGGCUGACAGCACGUUGUGAUCGGAGCACAUACGAUCCCUUAAACAACAAUGCAAACGAGGAACAGAAGCUACAGUUACUGAUAGCGGCCCGUGUACUUUUAAUCACCAACAAGUAGGAUCCGCAAAUGUUUGAAGACAGAUGUGUGAAGGCUAACUAACAGGCUAAGAAGCUUAAGAGCAUUUCAGUCGGAUUGUAUUUGAUCUCCACCUCAACCCACCGGCCAUUAUCCGCAGAAUACGAGCGUUUCUUUCGUUUUGAGGCCGUUCAAAUACAUCUCUUUGAGACCAUGGACGAGGCAUCCCCGCCGUCUCUGACUGAUCUGUGCAUGACUCUGGUGAGCUCCAGGCUGGAGCUCUUCUGUGAGAUGCGUGAUGACGGCUCGCUCUCCUUCCGUGAGCCGCUGGUCUUCCCGCAGGAGCUGGCCGACCAACUGCUCUGCAAGAUGGCCACUGAGGGCCUGUUGAAUGACAGCACAGUGGGAAUCUUCCGAAGCUGCCAGCAGUUCCGGUUGCGUCACGCCUGCAUCCGCACCGCGCGCAUCUCCGCCGAGGCCUUCCACCGUGCCCUCUGCCUGCACCGCCUCGUGGAGCUAGAUGCUUCACGGGUCAACGCUGACCUCACCAUUCCCGACAUCCUUCGAGGUUUAUCAUCCAGUAAAACCUUGCAGGAGAGUCUGCAGCGGCUCGUCCUGAAUGGCCUGACCAUGUCUUCUCUGGAGGAGCCCAGCUGUCGCUGUUUCAGUGCCAUGCAGGGGCUGCGUGCACUCAGUGUGUCCAGUGUCGACUUCUAUGACUUGGGCUUGGUGGACGUGUGCACGCUGCCUCGCUUGGAGAGUUUGGAUAUCUCCAACACCUCAGUGACGAACCUGACCCCGCUCCUGGGCUUGAGAAGCAGACUACGCUACCUCACCGUGCACCAGCUCAAGAGGCUGGAGAUGACCACCGCUCAACUGCUGGCUGUGCUCAGUCAGCUGGAGGGUUUACAGCACCUUGAUAUCUCAGACGAUAAGCAGUUCACAUCCGACGUGGCGCGGCAGCUUCUGGAGACUCCUGGCAUCCUGCCCCAGCUGGUGUCUCUGGAUGUUUCGGGCCGCAAGCAGGUGACUGAUGCAGCGGUCAGGGCUUUCGUGGAGGCGAGACCGGGCAUGACCUUCGUUGGUCUGCUGGCCACCGAUGCCGGAUUCUCUGACUUCCUGUCUGGGGAGGGCAGCUUAAAGGUGACUGGAGAGGCCAAUGAGACUCAGAUCUGUGAGGCAUUGAGAAGAUACAGUGAGAGAGAGGGCUUUGUCAGAGAAGCUCUCUUCCACCUCUUCAGCCUCACUCACGCCAUUGAGAAACCACGACCUGACAUCCUGAAGUUGGUAGCAUUAGGGAUGAAGAAUCAUCCGGCCACACUGAACGUGCAGCUGGCAGCCAGUGCCUGUGUGUUCAACCUCACGAAACAGGAACUGGCCUUUGGAAUCCCUGUGCGACUCCUGGGGAACGUCACACAGCUGCUACUCGAAGCCAUGAAGACCUUCCCCAACCACCAGCAGCUGCAGAAGAACUGCUUGCUGUCUCUAUGCAGUGAUCGAAUCUUGCAGGAGGUUCCCUUCAACAGGUUUGAAGCUGCCAAGCUGGUCAUGCAGUGGCUGUGUAACCACGAGGAUCAGAACAUGCAGAGGAUGGCUGUGGCUAUUAUCUCCAUCCUUGCUGCCAAGUUGUCCACUGAGCAAACUGCACAAUUAGGAGCUGAACUUUUUAUCGUAAAGCAACUCCUGCACAUUGUGCGGCAGAAAACGUGUCAGGGUAUCGUGGACGCCACGUUGAAGUUCACACUCAGUGCUCUGUGGAACCUCACAGAUGAAUCUCCUACCACCUGCAGACACUUCAUAGAGAACCAGGGACUAGAGCUCUUCAUCAAAGUACUCGAGUCCUUUCCAUCAGAGUCGUCCAUUCAACAGAAGAUCCUGGGUUUACUGAAUAAUAUCGCCGAGGUGGGGGAGUUGCACGGUGAGCUGAUGGUUCAAAGUUUUCUGGAUCACAUUCGCUCUCUGCUGCACAGUCCAGAGGUGGAGGUCAGUUAUUUUGCCGCAGGCAUCUUGGCCCACCUCACCUCACGGGGCGAGAAGGUGUGGACCCUCGACCUGUCACUCAGGACCACACUGCUAGAGCAACUGCAUUCAGCGAUUCUGAAGUGGCCAUCGCCGGAAUGUGAGAUGGUAGCGUACAGGUCGUUCAACCCUUUCUUCCCUUUACUGGAGUGCUUCCAGACCCCAGGAGUCCAGCUGUGGGCCGCAUGGGCCAUGCAGCACGUCUGCAGCAAAAAUGCGGGCCGGUACUGCAGCAUGUUACUGGAGGAGGGAGGACUGCAGCAGCUAGAGGCCGUGAGGUCACAUCCCAAAACCCAAGGCGACGUGCUGCGAUUGGCUGAAAGCAUCCUUGACAGCUUGCAUCGCCACAAAGCGCGCACAGGAUACACAGGACCGCCCAAAAUACACACACAUAGAGAGAAAAACGUUCCAUGACAAGAUCAGUGGUCUCUGGAUAGGACACCAUAAAAAAUUGGAAGCUUUUUGUAUGUGUAUGUGUUCACUCGUGCCCAUCCGUAUGACAAUGACGCUCUGCUGCUCACGACGGAAUCCGUUAUUUAUUUGACAUAAGAAAUAAGUCUCCGUGAUCUGAGGAAAAGUUUAUUUAGACGGGCAGCAGCUCAGAGAGUGUUUAUGUUAAAACGUGGGACGUAUGUGAGAGUUUAUAUGUUUGUGCAUGUGUGUAUUAAGAGCAUGUGCAUCAGAUUGCUAUGUAUGCAUAUUCAGAUUUUGGAUGCAGCUCCUUAGGAAAUUUCAUUUAUUUGACAGAUUUCUGUCCUGUUGGGCAUAAAAUGCAUUAAUAUAAAGACACAACAGAUACAGUUGUGUUACAUGGAAAUACAUGAACUGUUUAGUAACUUUCAGUGUGGAAUAUGUUAAACUGCAUGUGUGAGAGAGGG